CGAUGAUACAUCAAACCACACAGUCACACUAGUAUAUGUUUUCCAAACAGGAACUACAUCUAAAGCAGCAGAUAUCUGACCCAAUGUUGAUAUAGAUCCGUCGGAAACGAAGAACCUGUGGGUAUUCUGUACAGCAACUCAAACAUCACUUGAUUCGCCAUCUGCAUCUCAUCGGCGGUAUUCGGACUGACGAAUAUAGAGCACCUUCGGGCCGUAUGCAGGCGCCUCCGAUCCCUCUUUCCCCUUUCCCUUCCACUGUACACGAACAUGUCCUCAACCGCGGUCCCUGGCCCCAGCGAUAUGCCGCAGCCAACCAUCCCCGUGCUGCCAGCGAUGGACAACACCCUAGGAGCGCUCUUGAUAGGAUGUUAUUGUGCAGCCGCGUUACAUGGACUGGUUUGUCAUCAGGCGUACCGAUACUUCCAGAUGUAUCCUCACGACGGCAAGAUCACCAAGUUCCUGGUCGGCUCUGUUUGGAUAUUGGAGACUUUUCACACUCUUUGCAUAAUGAACAUAUGCUAUACAUACAUGGUUUCUGACUACUUCAAUCCUGAAGCAUUAACUUACGGGAUAUGGAGCUUGCGUCUCUCAAUAGCAGUAUCCAGUGUCAUCACGCUCAUAGCGCACUCGUUCUUCGCGAGACGUGUCUACAUUCUCAGUGGGAGGAAGCUCCUUCUUUAUAUCUUCAUGGAAACAUUCGCUGUUUUGAGAACCGUCCUGUCUAUCAGCGUGUCGGUACUCUCAUUCAUUGCCAAGUCAUACGAGAACUUCAGACGCUAUGAGUGGAUCAUGGUUUCUUCCCUCGGCUCAGGCAUGAUAGUUGACUGUAUCAUCACUUCUCGCCUGUGUUGGAUAUUGUGGAACAGCCGUACUGGCUUCGACAAGACAGAUACGUUGAUCGAUAGGGUUGUCGCAUACUCGAUCAAUACGAGUUUACUGACCAGCUUGUUCACUCUAUCUGCCGUCAUAUGCGCCAUAACAAUGCCCAACAGCUUCGUAUACAUCGGCAUUUUCUUUUGCCUCAGCAAACUAUACACGAAUUCCUUCCUCGCAAUCUUGAACUCGCGACGCGGCAACAGCGCCAUUCACACUAGCGAGGACGGCUCGUUUGAAGUCGAACAGCAAACCACAUCUCAAGAACGUCGGUUAUCACGGAGAAUACCUCCCCCUCUGAGCUAUCGCACGCCCUACCCGUUCGACGCCGAGUUGUCUAGUCGUGGAGCGGAAGAGGGACAGUCCCAGGAGGCCCUCAGGCCAGUCUUCGACAUACGGAAGCAUGAACCAUCUCUACAGGAAGAGGAUAUCCGAGAAACAAAGGUGUGAUGUCAUACUUCCCGUAGGUGCAGUAUUCAGGCACAAAGUGUAAUGAGCAGCGAUGCGACGUUCCG